AUGUCGAGCUUUGAGUCGCACAAGAACAGGCAAGAUGUCGAGCCACCCAAUGACAGCAGAACGGUUUUGGAGAAAAGAAGAUGUCGGACUUUGAGGAAGUUUUUGAGAGAAUUCGACUGCCACAAGAAUUGUUUCGGCGCAACGGUUUCGGAGCUGGUCGUGUCCCUUAUGGAUCUCCUUCGACGCCUCAGAUUUCGGAGAUCAACCAGAACAAUUUCAUUUGUCGAGCCGGUGUACUCUUUGCCAAGGAUCCCAACCGACACGUAUCUCCACACGCGCAGCGAGAAGAUCAGAGUUGGGGAAAUAACGAUCUUCAAGAGUGAGGAUUGGGCCAACUUUCUCCUGGGACUCCUGAAAUCUCUCCCGCUUGUCACUGACAGAGACUCGGUGAGAGUCAUUGAGCUUGGGAAGGGUAUCAAAAGUGCAGUAGGGUGUACCGCUGGAGAUUUUAGAGAUAAACUCUUUGGUCUCAACAUUUCCACGCACAAACUGGAGGAACAGCAUCAAUAUCCGGUCUAUGGUGAUAAUGGUGAAGUCGGAUGGGUGAGGUACGAAUUCGUCACUUUGAAUUCUUCUGCCGGUUUAAACCUCGGUCCGCUCGAAGUUGGUGGAAAAGGAUUUGUGAUCAAGUGCAUUAUAAAAUAUGUCGUCUUUGAAUCGUUUGACGCACUCGAGGAGGCUUACAAAGAAAUGAAAUCGGGUCGU